AUGCCGUGCUGUGCCACCCCCUGCCGUGGGGCGUUGCGGGCGCUGGCGGUGACCGGGAAGGUGUUGCUCACCCGCUCCUCCUCCUCCUCCUCCUCCUCCUCCUCCACCUCAAGUCCCAACACGUCCCGUGGCCCGGGCGCAGCAGAGCCGGCAGCGGCGGCGAGCGCCCAGGACCCUCUGAGCGCCCUGGAGCGGGACCUGGCGCUGCAGCUGCAGAUCGCCCGCGCCGCCCAGCGCCUCUGCCGCGAGGAGAACAUCAGCAAGAGGCUGCGCAAGCGGCGGCAGACGGCCGCGCUCCUGGAGGAGCAGAAGCUCAAGGACCUGGAGAACGUCCUCAACCAGCGCCGGCUCCUGGCUGGUCGGCGGCCCCUCUCCGUCCCCGCUGGAACCGGUGCCGUCGAGGGAAUGCACCCUAAACUUCGUCCUGGUGACCGCACCCCCAUGAUUGCACCCCAAAACCCCAUCCCCACUGAAUGCACCCCCGUGAUUGCACCCCAAAACCUCAUCCCAGGUGACUACACCCCCAUGAUUGCACCCCAAAACCUCACCCCAGGUGACUGCAACCCCAUGCUUGUGCCCCCACACUUCACCCCUGCUGAUUGCACCCCCAUGAAUGCCCCCCAAAAUCUCAUCCCAGGUGACUGCACCCCCAUGCUUAAAACCUGCCCCACCACCCCCUUGAGCCGGGCAGGCUGGGAGCUGCCCGCCGCCACACCGGCAACGGGGCUGGGCAGAGCCGGCCCGGCCGGUACCGUCACCGUCCCGCAGCGUGUCGGGACACGCGGGGUGGGGGAGCGGGAGCCGAGGCCUCCGGGGACGCGGUGGGUGGCAGCGGGUGCCGUGGGAGAGUUUUGGCAGCCGCCGGCGGCCCCGGCCCCGUUCUCACCCCUUCCCGGUCCCGUUCUUCCCGUUCCCGGUCCCGUUGGUCCCGUUCCCCCCACCCCCGGGGGUCCCGCAGAGCUCAGCGCCUCCGACGAGAGCUCCCUCUCCGAUGGUGUCCUGCUGGAGGAGGAAGAGACGCGGCCGCCGGGAUCUGCCGCCCCACGGAGGUCCCCGUCCCCCAAAGAGCCCACCCAAGCGGAGGGGUUGGGGACCCCCCCUCUGCCCCCCAACCUCUGGAGGGAGACCAGCCUCGACAGAGCCUACGAGAAGGCCACCAAACCCGGCGUCGACCCCCGGGAUGGGGAAGCACGGGGGUCCUGGUGCUACCCCGGGUCUCCGCCGGCCGCCCCCGGCAGCCCCGGCCCCGCGGUCUCACCGGUGCCCAGGGUGGGGGACGUCCCUCCCCACCGCUUCGUCCCCCUCAGGACCCUGGUGCUGAACCGGCCGGUGGGCUCCAGCGCUCCCAGCACCCCAGAGCCAUCCAGCCGGAGGGGACAGUCCCAGUCCCUGAGGGUGGAGACGUGCUGGCAGCCCGGGGAGCCGCGGGGCCGCAGCGCCGUCCCCCGCCGCCGCCCCACCUACUACACGGUGACGGUGCCCACCUCCUGCCUGACCCCCCAAAACCCCCCGACCCACCGCUCCGGCUCCGACGACAGCAUCUCCGACCUCUCCAGCAUCUCCCACGCCACCUCCCCGGGCAGCAGCAGCCCCGACGUCUCCUUCCCGCGCCCCCCGCUCCCCCUGGCCCAACCCGGCUACCACCCCCGGGGUGCCCCCCGCCUCCUGCCCCCCGCCGGACCCCCGACUUUCCUCUACGAGCAGGAUUUGGCCCCUUUGCGCUACCAGAGGCUGGUGGCCUCCCACAGCCGCAUCGUGCGCACCCCCUCGCUCAAGGACUACGCGCCGGCGGGGGGUGGCCGGGGGGUCUCCAAGGCGGCCGUCACCGAGGAGCUCCUGUCCUGGCACCAGCGGGCACGGCUGAGGGGUGCCCGGCCCCACUCCCUCGACCGGCAAGGGGCCUUUCGGGGACCCCGCGGUGGGACCCCCCGGGAGGUGCCCAUCACCCGUGGAGUCCUGUCCUGGGCACAGCCCCCACCAUGGCCACCCUUUCCCCGGGACGUGGUGACCCGUGGUCCUCCUGCCCGCAGGGUGGAGACGUGCUGGCAGCCCGGGGAGCCGCGGGGCCGCAGCGCCGUCCCCCGCCGCCGCCCCACCUACUACACGGUGACGGUGCCCACCUCCUGCCUGACCCCCCAAAACCCCCCGACCCACCGCUCCGGCUCCGACGACAGCAUCUCCGACCUCUCCAGCAUCUCCCACGCCACCUCCCCGGGCAGCAGCAGCCCCGACGUCUCCUUCCCGCGCCCCCCGCUCCCCCUGGCCCAACCCGGCUACCACCCCCGGGGUGCCCCCCGCCUCCUGCCCCCCGCCGGACCCCCGACUUUCUUCUACGAGCAGGAUUUGGCCCCUUUGCGCUACCAGAGGCUGGUGGCCUCCCACAGCCGCAUCGUGCGCACCCCCUCGCUCAAGGACUACGCGCCGGCGGGGGGUGGCCGGGGGGUCUCCAAGGCGGCCGUCACCGAGGAGCUCCUGUCCUGGCACCAGCGGGCACGGCUGAGGGGUGCCCGGCCCCACUCCCUCGACCGGCAAGGGGCCUUUCGGGGACCCCGCGGUGGGACCCCCCGGGAGGUGCCCAUCACCCGUGGAGUCCUGUCCUGGGCACAGCCCCCACCAUGGCCACCCUUUCCCCGGGACGUGGUGACCCGUGGUCCUCCUGCCCGCAGGGUGGAGACGUGCUGGCAGCCCGGGGAGCCGCGGGGCCGCAGCGCCGUCCCCCGCCGCCGCCCCACCUACUACACGGUGACGGUGCCCACCUCCUGCCUGCCCCCCCAAACCCCCCCGACCCACCGCUCCGGCUCCGACGACAGCAUCUCCGACCUCUCCAGCAUCUCCCACGCCACCUCCCCGGGCAGCAGCAGCCCCGACGUCUCCUUCCCGCGCCCCCCGCUCCCCCUGGCCCAACCCGGCUACCACCCCCGGGGUGCCCCCCGCCUCCUGCCCCCCGCCGGACCCCCGACUUUCCUCUACGAGCAGGAUUUGGCCCCUUUGCGCUACCAGAGGCUGGUGGCCUCCCACAGCCGCAUCGUGCGCACCCCCUCGCUCAAGGACUACGCGCCGGCGGGGGGUGGCCGGGGGGUCUCCAAGGCGGCCGUCACCGAGGAGCUCCUGUCCUGGCACCAGCGGGCACGGCUGAGGGGUGCCCGGCCCCACUCCCUCGACCGGCAAGGGGCCUUUCGGGGACCCCGCGGUGGGACCCCCCGGGAGGUGCCCAUCACCCGUGGAGUCCUGCCCUGGGCACAGGGGCAGCCCCCAGGAGAUGCCGUGUGGGGAAGGGGGGGUGCCCCGUCGGCGCUGGGGGUGCCCCGAGGCCCCGGUGACGGGCGGGUGUCCCCAGCGGCGGGGGGCGAGGACUGCCUGUGGUACGUGGACAGGAACGGGGCCUGGCACCCGGGCUUCGACUGCCCGCCCUUCAGCUUCUGCUGCGGCACCUGCCACCAGCGCCUCUGCUGCCACGACCCCCUGCGCCUCAUCACCGAGCGCCAGCAGCGCCACUGCCUCGCCUUCAGGUGA